AUGUCUCCGGAGGUCUUCGGCGACAGUGGUGGUAGAAUGCUGGUGCCGGACGAAGUCACCGGAGCAGCUGCCUCGGACAGCUGUCGCUACCUCCGGGUGGGGGCGGAGCUAACGUCAGUGCUGUCCGAGGAAGAGGACGACUUUCUUCGACUUCUGACCACCGGCAUUGUCACUGAGUUCCAGAUCGGUUUCUGGCAUCAGACGAGCUAUGCCAGCAACGAGUUCCGCUGGCUGGACGGCAGUCCGGUCGGCUACACCAACUGGUAUCCCGGACAGCCAUAUGACCCCGUGGAACAGCCUUUAAUUACUUACGUGACACCUGACGGCAAAUGGACGGAUGCUGCGACCAGGUACCGCUUUCCAUACGUCUGCAAGUAUGCUCGUUAA